GUGGGAGUGAAUUCAGCAUGGCGGCCGGUGGAGUGAUCGCUGUGUUUGUGACUGCGUGUUGUUGCAUAUCUUCUGCGAUGGCGGCUCAAUCUGCAACUAUAUCGCCGGCAGCAUCUAAUAUACAAAAAGAAAAGACCGUGGCGUUGCAACACACGACAGACAGUCUUACGAUUUUGAUGUUGCUAGGACUUCUCAUGUUGACAAUUUUGACAGUCUGGCUAUUCAAGCAUCGACGAUUUCGUUUUGUUCACGAAACGGGACUUUCAAUGAUAUAUGGACUGAUUGUUGGUGUGAUCAUUAAGUUCAUCUAUGCCACCCCCACGCCUCCGGUUACCCCCGAUGAUUCCAAAGUUUGGGCCGUGCUGUCCGAGUCCAACAACCAGACGUUCUACUCGGGGAACGCCCCACCCUCGCUGUACAUCAGCCUCCCGGACAGCAAGAACGCCACCGCCAACGAGACGUUCAAGUACAACCUGACCAGCGAUGGAUCUGCGAAGCCAGAACCCAUGCUGGAGAAAGCUGUAACCUUUGAACCCGAGCUGUUCUUCAAUGUGAUGCUGCCCCUGAUUAUUUUCGAGGCUGGAUACAGUAUGAAGAGACGUCAUUUCUUCAAGAAUCUUGGUGCGAUCAUAAUGUUUGCUUUUAUCGGCACAACAAUAUCCUGUCUGGCUGUAGGGGGGACCAUGUUCGGGCUGACCCGGCUCAUGUCCUACACAGAGUUCACACUCAAUGACUGCUUCUUCUUUGGAGCCAUCAUCUCCGCCACAGAUCCAGUGACAGUAUUGGCUCUAUUUCACGACCUCCAUGUCGACGUGGAUCUUUACGCAAUUGUAUUUGGAGAAAGUGUCUUCAACGAUGCAGUGGCUAUAGUUUUAUCAGGGUCUGUAGAAACAUAUGGACAGCUCUCAGGAGGGAAAAAGUUCAAUGCAGAGGCAUUCUUCAAAGCUCUUGGCAAUUUCCUUGGAAUAUUUGGUGGCGCUUUCGCCAUCGGAUCUCUCAUGGGAUGUGCGACAGCACUGAUCACAAAGUACACAAAGAUCCGAGACUUCCCGCUGCUGGAGACGGCACUCUUCUUCCUCAUGUCCUACAGCUCAUUCCAGACAGCGGAGGUGGCCGGACUCACAGGUAUUGUUGCAGUGUUGUUCUGUGGCAUCACCCAGGCCCACUACACCUACAACAACCUCUCUGCUGAGUCUAAAGACAGAACAAAACAGCUGUUCGAGCUGACAAACUUCCUGUCGGAGAACUUUGUGUUUCUGUACAUCGGAGUAUCUGUCUUCACCUUUCAAGAGAGCAGGAUCCGCUGGGAUGCUGGAUUCAUAUUUGCUUCAUUUCUCGCUAUAAUCAUUGGUAGAUUUUUGAAUGUGUACCCGUUGUCCUUCUUGCUGAACCUGGGAAGAACCAACAAGAUCGGCUGGAACUUCCAGCACAUGAUGAUGUUCUCAGGUUUACGAGGCGCCAUCGCCUUCGCCCUGGCUAUACGGAACACGUCGACAUUGCCACGGCAGUACAUUGUGUCAGCGACGAUGAUCAUCGUCCUGGCAACUGUAGUCCUCUGUGGAGGCCUCACUACUCCAAUGCUGCAGUGGCUCAAAAUAAGGGUGGGUGUGGAUGAGGAGUUGGAGAUGCAGCAGAUGCCUCCCAAUGCCGUGAGGAGUGCUAUGCAGAGCCAGCGUCAAUACAGCACAAUGAGCAGUCCCUCCGAUGACCAGCCUCCCACGCCCCAUGUCACCACGGCAAACCGGCCGGAGUCUGGAGACCCUGGGGAGAUACCAAGGACAAAAGGGAAAGCUUGGCUGGUUGCCAAGUGGUAUAACUUUGAUAUGGUGUUCAUGAAACCCUUUUUAACAAAUUGUCGACCGACGCUUAUGGAGACAUUACCAAAAUGCUGCUUACCCCUGGCCAAGCUGUUGACCACAGAGGAGCAGAUGACACAGGGUGAGUCUCACCGAGACAAUGACUCUGACACUGACAUGAUAAUCGACCACAGCCAGCUGUCUAUCGGCGAAUCGGAGCUCUCCUCCAUACCCUCGAACCACGCGGAGAAUGAUACCAGUAGAAAACUCCCCAUACAAAUGGAUGUGUUUGCGGUCGAUAACGACAGCGAUGAUCGACCAAUCACACCGUAGCUUGCAUCAUUAUGUGUUAGUGUGCUGAACAAAGUAAGUUCCUGUUGCCAGCUGAUUGUCGUGGUUCAAUCUCAAACUGUCAUGUUCCCCAGAGAAACAAAAUUGUGAAGAUCUUUGGAGAGACUUUGAGUAUUUCUUACAUGUUAAUAAUAUCAAAGUGAUAUUUUGUAAAUAUGAAGAAACGAAGUUGUGAAGAUCUUUGGAGAGACUUUAAGUAUUUCUUACAUGUUAUUAAAUCAAAGGGAUAUUUUGUAAAUAUCAAGAUACAAAGUCGUGAAGAUCUUUGGAGAGACUUUGAGUAUUUCUUACAUGUUAUUAAUAUCAAAGUGAUAUUUUGCAACUAUUGUUUGUUACCAAAUCAAAAUAUGUCUGUUUCAAGUCAGGGACAUUUCUUAUGGGGUGGGGUUAGGGGUUCCUGGGGACAAAGAUUGGUCUUAGGACUGUAUCAUAUUUGGCUGACCCUCCCCUUUUAAUAGGUCACAUUUUAUGAUAAAACCACCACCAUCCCAAAUACACGGAAAUUUUGUACAUACCCCCACCCCUCCCCAUCCUAUGAAAAUGACCAGUCCCCAAAAUAAUGAUCAAAAUUUCUUAAUUUAUGUGGUUGUCUCUCUCACAAUGUACAAUUUUGUUGAUGAUGCUGUUUUGUCAUUGUGUUUUCAUUUUGGUAUUGUUUGCUAGAUUUUGAGGAGAGGUUGAUUUUGAGAAAGAGGUUUUGCUUUAUGUUCAAGAUAUAAGUUUAAAUUGUGUGGAGUUUGUCAUUUUUGUAUUAUUAAUGGUUCAUUUAUGUUGCCUUUCAAAGUUGGAGAUUAUGUCUGAGUGUAAGAAGUAUUAACAAUGAAAUUAAUGAUGCAACAGCAGAUUGCUUUUAUCAUCCCUUUUUUAAGUCAUAAGUGAUGAACUAAAAAAGAUACCAAAAAAUAGGCUGUUAUAAACAUGAUCACUACAAGAAAUAACAAAAAUUAUCUCCAAAAUGAUUAUGUCUAUCAUAAAGCCUUGGCUAGACCAUCAAAUAUUACAUAAAACUACCUCAUCAGCCUACACAUCACAGGGAUACAGUGUUCACACCUUUGUGAUGAGAUGAAACCCGUUUUAUGACAACAUAUAUCUUGAUUAUCGAUCUGAUCGCCCUGACUGGGCACAGCCAUUGUGUUUGAAGCAAAUGCAAGUGGUAUGAGAGGUAGAAUCUGAUUGGUCAAUAGGAGGGACACAGAAGGAACAUAACUUGUAAUAGCCACUGGUUUGCCAGUGAUCUGCAGUGAUGUACCUAAAAUAAUGUUUAAUUCAGUAUAAAACCAACUCACUCACUUACUCGACACACUUUUUCCAUGGUGUGUAACCAGUAUGCCAAUAUUUCAUUAUAUCUUUCUGUAAAUUAUCAAUAUAUGUAUCAAUAAAUACAUAUCCAGGCAUUGGCAGUCCUAGGAAACAGAAUAUUUCAUAAUCUAGCUGAGACUUUCAUCACUGUGACAACUUGAUCUUUGAUUUAUUUUUCUUGCCAAAAGUAUUGUUAUACCUCAUUCAUAUCAGUUUGCUAGAUGAUUAUUGCUUAUGAUAUGUGAAUGGUAUUCAUAUUUCAUUCAUAUCAAGAUCUUAAUAAUUUUGAUACAGGAAUGCAUCUUAUUUGUAUAUUUGCCCCACAUUUAUAUGUGGCUAAGAUCUGAGAUAUAAUUUCAGUGUGAUCUCAUGAAUGACAAAUUUUAUGAAUGAAUCUGUACUAAAGUUAUUUUGUAUUUACUACAUGGAUCAUUGUGGAAAAAGGGAACCUGCUUUUGUAUUGUGUGAAUGUUUUGUAAUUCAAAUGUACUCCUUGGCUUCUGAGACGGAUACUGGGAAAUGGAAGCCUGUUGGUGCCAUAAUCUUUUAGAUUAUUGGUGAUAAGUUUUGGUAUCAUGUUGGAAUUUUUCAGAACAUGAACAUCCCUAUCAAAACUUGAAGAGUAUACAUUGUGUGUUUGUUGCGAUGAAGUCAGGACCAAUGGUUCCUUGUUUUUAGACUGACUUGGCCAAUAUGUAGGAAAACUGAACAGAUACAGGUCAAUCUUAGAUCAAGUUGCUAAAAUUAUCUUGAAGUAACACUUUUUACAAAUAGAAACACAAAUAUGAUUUAAAAAGUAUAUUUUCAAUCAAAAACCAUUUUUGUUUAUUUUCAAUCUUCUUUUACCUUUUGCAUAACUUUGUAUAGGCUUAACUGUACAAUGAAUAAGGUUGGUCUUGACAAUAAAUCACAUUUUUCUAAUUUUCUUUUUAUUCUAUGGUAUGUAAAUGGUGUGUGUGUGUGUGUGUGUGUGUGUUGUGUGUUGUGUGUUGAAUAUAACACAUUGGAAACACAAGUUGUACUGAGGUAUGAUUUGUCUGUGUGAAGUAAAGGGCAUUGGUGGCCAGUCUUCUGUGGCAGUGUGCUUUGUCUGUGUGAAGUAAAGGGCAUUGGUGGCCAGUCUUCUGUGGCAGUGUGCUUUGUCUGUGUGAAGUAAAGGGCAUUGGUGGCCAGUCUUCUGUGGCAGUGUGCUUUGUCUGUGUGAAGUAAAGGGCAUUGGUGGCCAGUCUUCUGUGGCAGUGUGCUUUGUCUGUGUGAAGUAAAGGGCAUUGGUGGCCAGUCUUCUGUGGCAGUGUGCUUUGUCUGUGUGAAGUAAAGGGCAUUGGUGGCCAGUCUUCUGUGGCAGUGUGCUUUGCUGUGCAGAGUUAUCUAUUUCACUUCUUUUUUUUAAGUUGAAAACGUCUUUCUUAACAAUUUCAAAAUGUUUUCAUUUCUUUAAUUAUGGAGAUCUUGUUGGCCAAAUAGGGCCAUCAUCACACCUCAUCCUAUACCACUGCCAAGACACAUUAGCUAUGGUAAUAUGACAGAAUUGGGUGGUCCACUUUUUUGGAGGAGCAUAUUCUUCACAAGUAAGCUAAAUGUUCUGAGAAGGAUUAUUCAUCCCAGUAUGUAUGACGUGUGGCUAGUGUUACAUCCACUAUAGAUCAGGAGAUACGGCAUUAUAUUAGUUUGUUUUGUUCCAUAACCAUUAUAACCUCAUUUUAACACCAUUCUCUAAUACUUCUUCUACCAACUGAUUGUUACUUUUAUACAUUGUAGAAAUUACCCUGAAGCGAAUAUAUUUAUGCAUCAGCUAAAAUUUAAAUU